GGGUCCCAAUUAUGGAUUGGAUUUCAUGUUCUGCAAAAGCAUCAGAUUCACUUGACCUGACUGUCAUAUUUCUAAGCUAAGCAGUGGACUAGAGCCAAGAAACUCUUGUGCUUCUAAUUGAUACCUUGAGGUGGUAUUAGUGGGAAGAGAGCUGAAGUAAUGAGAAGCUAUCAUGGAGGCCCAGUCUCACAGCUCUACUGCAACUGAGAAGAAAAAAGUUGAGAAUUCCAUCGUGAAAUGCUCCAGUUCGGACAGAUGUCAGUGAGAAGCUGUUGCCUCCAGCACAACUUCCAAUGAGGAUGAAAGUCCUGGGCAGACGUAUCACAGAGAGAGAAGAAACGCCAUCACAAUGCAGGCACAGACUGGGCCAGGCCUCAGCAAAAUCAGCGAGGAGCCAUCCACAUCCAGCGAAGAAAGGGCCUCGUUAAUCAAGAAGGAGAUCCAUGGAUCUCUGUCCCACCUUACUGAUCCGUCAGUACCUUACCGGGGGACAGUGUUCACUAUGGAUCCCAGGAAUGGUUACAUGGAGCCUCAUUACCACCCACCUCACCUCUUUCCAGCAUUCCACCCUCCUGUACCAAUUGAUGCAAGACAUCAUGAGGGUCGAUACCAUUAUGAGCCCUCUCCCAUUCCUCCACUUCAUGUCAGUCCGACGUACUCAGACCUGCCCUUCAUUAGAAUCUCCCCGCACAGAAAUCCAGCCGCGACCUCGGAGUCUCCUUUCAGCCCUCCCCACCCUUACAUAAACCCCUACAUGGACUACAUCCGCUCCCUGCACAGCAGCCCUUCUCUGUCUAUGAUCUCAGCGGCCCGCGGGCUGAGCCCUACCGACGCACCACACGCUGGAGUCAGCCCAGCGGACUAUUACCACCAGAUGGCUCUUCUGGCAGGACAGCGCAGCCCCUAUGCGGACAUCAUCCCUUCGGCCGCCACAGCCGGUGCCGGGGCUCUCCACAUGGAAUACCUUCACGCCAUGGAAAGCACCAGAUUUCCCAGCCCAAGGUUGUCAGCUAGGCCCAGCCGGAAACGGACGCUGUCCAUAUCGCCGCUGUCCGAUCAUAGUUUUGACCUCCAGACCAUGAUUCGAACAUCUCCCAACUCCUUGGUCACAAUUCUUAAUAAUUCUCGUAGCAGCUCCUCAGCCAGUGGCUCUUAUGGCCACUUGUCUGCAAGUGCAAUAAGUCCUGCUUUGAGUUUUACCUACCCACCCACGCCCGUGUCUCUUCAACACAUGCAUCAGCAAAUCAUCAGCCGGCAGCAGAGUUUAGGUUCGGCCUUCGGACACAGUCCCCCGCUCAUCCACCCCGCCCCAACGUUUCCCACCCAGAGACCUAUCCCGGGAAUCCCCGGGGUCCUGAACCCCAUCCAAGUCAGCUCCGGUCCUUCGGAGUCCACGCAGAGCAAACCAACGAGUGAGUCUGCAGUGAGCAGCACUGGCGAUCCAAUGCACAACAAGCGUUCCAAGAUGAAACCUGACGAAGAGCUUCCCAGUCCAGGUGCCGGAAGUCUGCAGGAACAGCCAGAAGGAAUGACUCUGGUCAAGGAGGAAGGUGAUAAAGAUGAAAGCAAGCAAGAGCCUGAAGUGGUCUAUGAGACUAACUGCCACUGGGAAGGCUGUGCGAGAGAGUUUGACACACAGGAACAGCUCGUGCAUCACAUCAACAACGAUCACAUUCAUGGAGAAAAGAAAGAGUUUGUAUGUCGGUGGCUGGAUUGCUCAAGAGAGCAGAAACCAUUCAAAGCUCAGUAUAUGUUGGUGGUGCAUAUGAGGAGACACACGGGCGAGAAACCACACAAAUGCACUUUUGAAGGUUGUACAAAGGCCUACUCCAGGCUAGAAAACUUGAAAACCCACUUGCGAUCUCACACUGGAGAGAAACCGUACGUCUGUGAGCACGAAGGCUGCAACAAAGCUUUCUCGAAUGCGUCGGAUCGAGCCAAGCACCAGAACCGAACUCAUUCCAAUGAGAAACCGUACGUGUGCAAGAUCCCGGGCUGCACAAAACGCUACACAGAUCCCAGCUCCCUCCGGAAACACGUGAAGACGGUCCACGGCCCCGAGGCGCACAUCACCAAGAAGCAGCGUGGGGAUGUCCACCCUCGUCCUCCACCCCCCCGAGACUCUGGCAGCCAUUCCCAAUCCAGGUCACCUGGCCAGCACACUCAGGGGGCAGUUGGCGAGCAGAAGGACAUCAGCAAUACUACCUCAAGGCGGGAAGAAUGCCUGCAAGUGAGAACUGUCAAGUCCGAGAAGCCAAUGACAUCUCAGCCAAGCCCUGGUGGUCAGUCUUCAUGCAGCAGCGAACAGUCCCCCAUCAGCCACUAUUCCAACAGUGGGAUCGAACUUCAUCUGACCAAUGGAGGUAGUGUAGGAGACCUCAGUGCCAUAGAUGAAACCCCAAUCAUGGACUCAACCAUUUCCACCGCAACCUCAGCACUUGGCCUGCAAGCCAGAAGGAACGUGACAGGGACUGAAUGGAUGGAGCAAGUGAAAUUGGAAAGGUUGAAACAAGUUAAUGGAAUGCUUCCGCGCCUGAACCCCGUUCCGCCUCCCAGAGCCCCUGCCCUUUCUCCUCUCAUAGGAAACGGCAUCCAGUCCAACCCAAGCUGCAGCUUGGGAGGGCCCCUGACGAUCCUGCCCCACAGAAACGAGCUGUCGAGCGUGGACAUCACCGUGCUGAACCUGCUGAACAGGCGGGACAGCAACACGAGCACCAUCAGUUCGGCCUACCUGAGCAGCCGCCGCUCGUCCGGGAUCUCCCCUUGCUUCUCCAGCCGCAGAUCCAGCGAGGCCUCCCAAGCGGAGGGCCGGCCACAGAACGUGAGCGUGGCCGACUCCUACGACCCCAUCUCCACCGACGCCUCCCGGCGGUCGAGCGAGGCCAGCCAGUGCGACGGCCUGCCGAGCCUCCUCAGCCUCACCCCGGCCCAGCAGUACCGCCUGAAAGCCAAGUACGCGGCCGCGACCGGCGGGCCCCCGCCCACCCCACUGCCCAAUAUGGAGAGGAUGAGCCUGAAGACCCGGAUGGCCCUGCUGGGCGACGGCAGGGAAUCGGGGGUCUCCCCGCUGCCCCCGGUCCACCCUCCCCGGAGGUGCAGCGACGGCGGGCCCAACGCUUACGGCCGUCGGCACCUGCUGCCUCAGGACGUGCUGGGGAACGGGGUGAGGAGGGCCAGUGACCCCGUCCGCACCGUCUCCGAGAACCUCUCUCUGCCGAGGGUUCAGCGCUUCAACAGCCUGAACGGUUUUAACCCUGCCGUUUUGCCUCCGUCCUCGGAGAAACGCAACCUCGCCCUCCAGAACUACACGCGCCCCGAAGGCGGUCUGUUCCGCAACUUCUACUCGUCCCCCUGCCCCCCGAGCAUCAGCGAGAACGUCCCCCUCGAGGCCCUGACAGUGGAGCCCGACGCCGGCCUCCACGACGAGGACCUCCUGCCCGACGACGUGGUGCAGUAUUUGAAUUCCCAGAGUCAGGGAGGAGGGUACGAGCCGCACCUCCAGGGCCACCUUCCCGAUCCCAACAAGGCCCUGCUCGGGACGCUGGUGGGAACCGGGCCCGGCGGACUGGAGCAGCCCCACCUGCCGGAAGGGCAGCUCGGCCAGCCGUAUCACGCUCCGGAACAGGCCGCCGCGGAAGCGAGUAAGAGCAGCCUGCCCAUCCAGUGGAACGAGGUCAGCUCGGGAAGCGCCGAUCCCGCGCCCUCCAAGUUCAGAUGCGGCCAGCGCCCGCCUGGGCCCCAGGCCCGAGCCUUCGGACUGUACAACAACGUGGCCGUCCAGCCGCGGAACCUCCUGAGGAACGGGUCGGGGGCGGGCCAACCCAACGGCUAUCAGCCGCUGGUGGAAAACGACAACGGCUACGGCCCCCAGGAGCACCUGCUCGUCACCGGCCCUUCCGGGGGAGCUCUCCAUUUCCAGCCCGGGAAGGCCCAGCACUACGGGGAGAGUUUCGACCGGCAGCCGAUGGUUUCCGGGGGCCUGGAUGGUCCCUGCGGAGUCGCGAUCCAAGGGCAGAAGCUGAGAAGCGGCAACGGGCCCACGGACGGAAACCCACCCAGCUUCGGCCCGCCGACGGGGCCGAGGCUGCCGUCCGGCGUCGGCAGCUUGGCCGACGAGGCGCAGGGUCGGAUGGCGCUGGGACCGGGCUACCUGCAGAGUCAGCCCGGAGGAGAAGGCGUCCACUUCCAGGGAGUCGGGCGUUCCGGUCAGAUGACGUUAGGACCGGUCAGUCCUACCUCGCAGGCCAACCUGUGCCAAGGCCCGCAGAACCGCCUCCCAGCCCCCCACGGCGUCGGCAACCAGCCGGCGGGUUUGGCGGCCGCCAAGGGCUACCAGCCGUGCCCCAACUUCGGGGGCGGCAGGCGACCCAACACGCUGAGGAACAGCCCGGCCCAGCCCCCGGGACACGUCGGUGAGGUCAACCCUGCUUGCAGGGUAAACGGCAUUAAGACGGAGGUGCAAAGUCAGCCCCAGCCGCUCUGCUCCAAUACUCAGAAUUACUCUGGUCAGUUCUAUGACCAGACCAUGGGCUUUAGUCAGCAAGACGUGAAAACAGGUUCUUUCUCCAUUUCAGAAGCUAACUGUCUGCUCCAAGGGACUGGGCCCGCGAACUCCUCCGAGCUGCUUUCCCCUGGCGCUAACCAGGUGUCCAGCACGGUUGACAGCCUUGACGGCAGCAGCUUGGAAGGGGUGCAGAUUGAUUUUGAUGCCAUCAUAGAUGACGGGGAUCAUGCCAGUUUAAUCUCGGGAGCCCUGAGUCCGAGUCUCAUUCAGAAUCUUUCCCACAAUUCCUCCCGCCUCACCACUCCACGAGCGUCUCUUACAUUCCCAGCCUUGCCGGUUGGCACGACCAACAUGGCCAUUGGGGACAUGAGUUCUUUGCUGACCUCCCUUGCAGAAGAAAGCAAGUUUCUUGCUGUUAUGCAGUAGACAUUGGGAAACACACACACACACCACACUCACUCUCUCACACACGAUCUUUAGAAGUCGGAAAGGUAAAAUUGACUCUGAUCUUUCUUUUUUUAGUUGUGUAUGUAUUUUAGCGAUCUCAUCUCACCUGAAUGGGAUGUCUCAAGUAUAUUCCUUUUAUGGAAAAGGACUCUGUCAAACCCUACAGUGUUCUAGGGAGAAACUGUCUUCCAUUUCAAUUUUGAAUCAGUAUUGUUCCGCCCGCUUUGCCUUCUCUCUCUUUUUUUUUUGCUCUGUAUACUUUUUUUUUGGUAUUCUUAUUGUAAAUCAGUGUAAAUGUGUGCCGUGCAUGUUUUUCCUUUCUUUCGAAAGAGAGGUGUAAUGAGAAGGCCUGCCUGUGUUCCGUUUCUCAAAGGAUGCUGCCAGCGGUUAGACUUCUGUUUAGUCUUGGUUCAGGUGGGCGUGGAUUCCCUGGGGACAACGCUACCGCAUCUUCUGCCGGGCUCACGUUGCCCAGCUUGAUCCCGUACCCGUUUGGGGUAGGUGGGCUAGAAGGGAAACAUGAGGUUCUUUCAGAUGAAGUGCAGCGUCCUCCUAGAACCCCAGGACCGGAAGGGGCCUCCCGGAAUCAUCUGCGCCAACCCCCCACCCGCCUCCGGGCAGUUGAACGACUGAACCAUCCAGGACAGGUGGUCACCUGGGCUUCCCUCUCAGACCUCCGGGGGAUGGAGGCUCCGUCACCAACCCUCUUCCGCUUUCACAAAUGGUGCCUGGGUGUCACCCUUCAUUCCUGGGGAUGAGCAUCAGGAGAGUCACUUCUCAGUGACUGGCUCACCGACUUCCACUGUUUCUUGCCCCAGCUGCCUGCUUCACAGCAAUUCGCUGGUCUGGGCGCUUCCCCUUGAAAGAUACGAAGAGAAAGGAUGUGGAAACUCAAAAUGCGUCGGUUUGACUGCUGGCCACUGCGCACACGUGUGUACUGUCGAUACUAUGCGUGUAACUGUCGGUCAGUCGAUGGUAUUUAUUGAGUGCUUGCUGUGUGCAGAGCCCCGAACUAAGCACUUGAGAGAGAACGGUACUACAGAGUAGGUAGAUACAUCCCCUGCCCACAGAGAGGUUACAGUCUAGAGGACUGUCGCUAUAGCCGUGACUGUAGCCGAGCAGUCUGCUUGAAGAUGAAACUAACGACCGACAACUCUAUCUGUCCGGGUGGGGCUGUAAAAAACAGGUACGUCCCUUCUUCACUGGAGUUCGUAGAGAUGCUCUUGUGGGUGCUUCGAAUUUGCUCUUCCUAAAGCUUAAUGCUGAUUUCAGUUCGGCCUCUGACUUCCACAGUCUUUCUAGAGUCCCUCGUCAGAAAACCCUCUGUCUCCUCGUUACCCCAACCGGGCCAGUAAAGCUCAGUGGAAAUGCCCGGCAGUGGAGCAGGUCGAAACUAUUGACUUGCAGGGGUGUCCGGGUUUAUUACCCAUGCCGUCUCUCAUCCAGUCACGGAAAGUUAUCCCCUUUUCAACGCUCCCUCCGUCAUCUUUCAUCAAAUAGCCGAGAGUUAGUAAUUACGAACGCAGGUGAGUGUGUGGCAUCGGUCAUCUGCCACCGGAGUGGAGGAGCAUUUCUGUUAUAAACCUCUAUUUUAAGGGCCCUCGCUGUAGAACAGUGGAGAUUUUAAAAUCCGAAUGAGUGUGACUAAUUCUGAGCCUUUAGAAGAACGGGAUGGUCAGACACAGCCCUUCGUUACCCCAGCCCUCUUAGGACGGCGACAGGUUUCAAUAUGGGAUGGUAUUUGCGGUCAGUUGGUGCGUGAGGUAUUUUUGUCAUUGAUUGAAUCCCCGGAGAGUUCAAAAGCAAGCAAGCAAGCCCUCCUGUACCACCAAGGCAGAGACAGAAGCUUUGUGUGCACAAUAUGGUCCAUGAAUUUCCCCGAGAAUUCGCUUUUUCUUUAAUCGAACGAACCGAGACGAUGACGGACGGCGACGGCUCGAAAAUUCCAACUGGGUUCUUUGUCUAACCCCGACCUAAAGGAUCCUACGGCCCAGGGAAAAUGUGUUCUAUGUUUGUAUCUAGGUUUAAAGCAACGUUAGCCCAAUAACAUGAAUUUGUAUUAAGGAAAUCAGAGGGGAAAACGGAGGUUCCCACUUACGUCCAAAGGAACUUGGAAUUCAAGGCUUCAGGAAGCUCGGUCCCUGGUCAGGAAGUGGAUCCCUCAGGACCAGGAUGAAGGGCACCCUUUUGACCUCCCGUUCCCCAGCCCGGGCUGUGAGACAGUCCAUGUAUCUUCCUUCUGCUAAUACCCCUUAUCUUUUCCAUGUGCAGAUCUCCUUUUUCCUUUAGAGGAGGUACCACAGUAAACUAAUAAUAAAUAAAUCAUAAUUGUGGCAUUUGUUGAGUGCUUACUAUGUGCCAGGCACUGUACUAAAC